UGCUCCUGCUCCUGCUCCUGCUCCUGCUCCUGCUCCUGCUCCUGCUGAUCCUGCUGAUCCUGCCAAUCCAGAAGGGGCUGAGGAUGAAAAUGCCCCUCCUCCACCUGUUGUCUACAACCGCUUCACAGAUGACACUCUCAGAACUUUGGUCAAGAGGUUAAAAGAACGGACAGAUAUGCUCAAAGAGAAAGUCAUAGAUCCCUAUGCAACUUCUCCUGAAAUCACCCCACCUGUCACACCUAUUCUGAAGAAGGAUGACUACAUCAAGUUGAAGGAGGAGGAGCGGAUAGCAAAAGAAGAGGCAGAUAAGAAGAAGGCAGAGGAGGCAGCUAAAAAGGCAGAGGAGAAGAAGAAGAAGGAUGAGGAGAAAAGGCUGGAGGCCGAGAAGAAAGCAGAGGAGGAGAGGCUGGCGGAGGAGGCCAGGAAGAAAGCAAAGAUCCUCCCAGACAUCAACUGCUCCUGUUUCGAUGUCCUAAUCCAUCCAAUCGAGGAAAAGAUGGAUGAAGUCCUGGGAACCACCAUAGAUCCUUUCACAGAUCGUCGCUAUAUCACCUGGCUGACUGUGGUAGCAAUUGCAUACAACUAUAAUGUCUGGUUUUGCUCUGCCCGUUUGGCGUUCCCUUACCACACUCCAGCUGCCAACCCCUUCUGGAUAUUUUGUGACAUCCUCAGUGACUUAGUUAAUGUUACUGACAUCGUGAUUUGGCAGCCCCGACUGCAGUUUGUCAAAGCCGGCGACAUCAUUAAAGACAGAGCAUUGACAAAGGUACACUAUCGGAAAUCGCAACGGUUUAAGACUGAUAUAGCCAGCAUCCUACCCUUCGACCUUUUCUGCCUGCACUUUCAAUUCUCCUCCGUGUACCGAAUCAACCGCUUCAUCAGGAUUGAAUCCUUUUUUGAGUUCAGCGAUCGACUUGAAAGCAUCAUGGCAAAAGCUUACAUUUGGAGAGUGGCUCGGACCACAGGCUACCUGCUCUACAUGCUCCAUCUCAACGCCUGUGUGUACUAUGUCGCGUCACUGAGCCAGGGUCUUGCAACAACUACAUGGGUGUAUGAUGGAAACGGCACAGCGUACCUGCGUUGUUACUACUAUGCUGUCCGUAGUCUGAUCAACAUCGGGGGGCUUCCAGAGCCUGUGACCACCUUUGAGAUUAGCUUUCAGAUGGCUAACUUUUUCACUGGUGUUUUUGUGUUCUCCAGUUUGAUUGGACAGAUGAGAGAUGUCAUAGGGGCAGCAACAGCAGGUGAGACGUAUUUUCGUGCAUCAAUGGAUGGCUGUGUUGCCUACAUGAACACGUAUACAAUCCCCAAGCUGGUCCAGAACAGAGUCCGGACCUGGUACAACUACACGUGGGCCGCUCAGGGCAUGCUGGGUAAGUGUCAAAAAACUUUAUCCCAAAAAUGUAUCCAGGUAUCCACUCAUAUCCACUGCCUGUCCUCUCCAGAUGAGUCAGAGCUGCUGGACAAGAUGCCUCUGGUGAUGAGAAUCGCCAUCGCUGUGGAUAUCAACCUGGCCACUUUUCAGAAGAUCGCACUGUUUCAGGGCUGUGACCAGCAGAUGCUGGUGGACAUGUUGCUGAGGCUUAAGUCAAUCAUCUACCUACCUGGAGACUUUGUUGUAAAGAAAGGAGACAUUGGUAAAGAGAUGUACAUCAUUAAAGGUGGAGCGGUGCAGGUGGUGGGAGGACCUGACAACAGCAUUGUGUUUGUCACACUGAAGGCCGGCUCUGUGUUUGGAGAAAUCAGCUUACUACAAUCUGCUAAAGAUGGAGGAAACAGGCGCACCGCUAAUGUCAAAGCACAUGGCUUUGCUAAUCUCUUUGUCCUGGAGAAGAAGGACCUGUUUGACAUCCUUGUCCACUACCCAGAGUCUCAGAAAGUGCUGGCCAGGAAGGGAAAGAAACUGACCAAAGCCAAAGGCCCAGCAGGUGCUAAGGCCGAGGAUAAGCCGAAAGGUCUGACUCUGUUUGGACAAAAACCACCAACGCCCAAGCUGCUCAAAGCCUUCGCCAACCUCCGCAAACUCAAGAAAAGUGAAGCUGAGAAGAAAUGAGAAGGGGACGUGUGAUAAAACCAUAUCAUUCUGUAUAAUCCUGUUCACCAUCUACUGAAAGACACUAAUACUAAAGUCAGAUUUACAGGCCAAAGUGGUUCAGUUGUUU